AUGUCAUCUUACUGGUCUACUCUUGUCACAACAACCACCUCACGAGUCAAUUCAAUCCGACAGAACCUACUCGCCGGAGAAAACGACGGUGAUACGGAAGAUGAUACCUAUCUCUGUCGUGUCUUGAGGUCUUACUACACCGAGAAGGGUCGCUCUUUUCCAGCCUGGCUACCUCCAGACCCAAGAGCCCCACCACCCGUUGUCGUGCAGCCUGUGUACUCGCCUUCAAAUGUUGGAUCGAGAUAUGGGAGUUUAGGAACACAACAAACAGCCUCGAGCUCCUUCGCCUCGUUAUUCGGGAAUUCAAACGAAGCACCAAACCCACCUCAGGAUACAUCAAGUCUGCGACAAGGAAGAGGGGGUCAGGCACGUUUAGGAGCUACGACAGCAGCAGGUGCAAGACCAAAUGCAUAUAAUCGAGGGCAAUCGAACCUAGAAACUAGUCAGGUCCAGAGUCGGCCACUACCUAGCAAGAUGGCUGGUAGUUAUCAAAACGCUGACGUCGAGAUGAGAGGAAACGCGCGAGCUCACACACCCCCAAUGAGUGCCAAAGAUAGAUUACGAGCUGGUAAUCUACGAAGACCUGAAUUGCGCUCGCAGAAUUCGAGCUUCGAAAAAUCAGAGAAGCCUUUUGUAGCCGCCACGAGCCCUUGGGCCAACAACGAGACUGAAUUCGGAGGUGGCGGCUACGAGCCACCGCCAAGAAUCAAGCCACCAGGAAUUCCGAGUAAUCCUUCGAAUGGAAGAAAGAUGGGUCUGCCUAGCGGACCACGAGGAAAGAGAUAA